CAGAUGUAGGUAGGUACUUUUAAAUAAGUAACUCGGCAGAUAGUUUGAAAAUGACUCCACAAAAAACAGAAGUACUUUGGAUCGUAAGCAUAUUAUUGUGUUUGAAUAAUUGUGUCAAAAAUGACGUCCUUUCCGAGUCAUCGGACUCUUACGAUUCCGAUUCCUUCUCAAGUGAAUCGGAAUUCACAUCCGAAGAAACAGACACCAACAAAACAAUCCGAGCCCUAAGAAAACACGGAGUAACGGACCAAAUGGUCGAUAAAUUCAACGAAGCCAACGCCCAAGCUGAGAAAAUCACCACAGAUUUCAUAGCCAAGCAGUUGAAAACUCUCAACGUCAAGACACCACUAGACAAUAAACAAUGUAAAGAACUAGCGAAAGAAAUGCUAGAAGGAGUACGUAUGUGGUUCGUAGCUCUGGAAAUUGGUCUACCUACCAUGUCCGAAUACAUAAAAUUGAUUAAAAAAUACAACAGUACUAGUUUAGAGUUAAGCUUGCAUAUAAAUUACUUUCUAACGACUACGUCGUCUGCUGAAGUUGAUAACAAGCUGCAUAACACGAUUGUGGAUACUAUGCGAGAAGCCGGAGUGAAAAAUUCUGAAAUUUCGGAAGCAGUUCAGCCGGAAGCAUUGGGGUAUAUGGGGAAUGAGAAACUGGCUCAAGAAUUAGUACAAUUGGUUCUUGCGACUGAGUAAUCUGAAAUCUUUAGUGUAAAUUUAGAUGAAGAUAUUGUUCUAUAGAGUUCGACUGGAGUGAAAAUCAAAGUAGUUACCAAUUGAAAGUUUUGGAUUUGUUCCAAAUAGGUACCAAAAUAAUACUUGACCAAAAUUAGAAUUAAGCUGGAUAUCUACAAUUUUUGAAGUGUUCCUUUUCCAACCCAACUCAAUGAAGAACAUUCCCCUUCCCCUCUUUCCUGUCGGUUAUAUGUAAUAUCAACCUAACAAUCCACCGAGUGAUACCUAAUAUUUGAGUAGGUAAUUCCUUUUGAUGAAAACGAACAAUUUUAUAGCUUUAUUAUACCUACUGAGUCACAGUACCUUUUACACAUUAAUUAUUCAAUAAUGAUUAUGUAGGUAAAUUAUAUGUCUGAUAUACUAAAUAAACACACAAAAAAAACACGUG